AUAUAGUUAGCAUAGCACUAUUUGCGAGCACGCGUGCAGAGAGAAUUUGAGCUUAGAGCAUAAAACAAGGGCAUAAUCCGAAGAUGAUCAUACCAGUCCGUUGCUUCACUUGCGGGAAGGUCAUUGGAAACAAAUGGGACACCUAUCUUGAUCUUCUCCAGGCGGAUUACACUGAAGGGGAUGCCCUUGAUGCAUUGGGUUUGGUUCGCUAUUGCUGUAGAAGAAUGCUCAUGACACAUGUUGACCUCAUUGAGAAGCUUCUGAACUACAAUACUCUGGAGAAGUCUGAAGGCAGUUGAGGAGGCUUGUUGCCAUACACAUAACAGCAUAUCUUUGUUUGUAUGGUUGGUACUCGUAAAUUUUUUUUGUCAUGGUAUUCAUGUAUGGAGUAGGAUGAAGUAAAUGGUGUCGGAAAAGACACUUGAAUAAUGUACAAUUUAGUUAGACUCUUUCAUCAUUCCUUUUUUGUGCUAUGCCUUGGUUGCUUUUGUACAGGGCAACAUUCCACGAGUUCUGAAUACCAUUAAGGGUAUAUGUUAUUCAAAGCUUUGUUGAAACACUCGUACUGUUCAUUCAAAAGGGGGUUGGUCUUUCAUCUGGA